CCAAAUGUUGCGUGUUGGGUACAUCAAAGGUCUGCCGCGCAGGCGCUUACUGUCGAGUUGGGUUCAGUGGAUGGAUUGUUGAGCUCACCCUACAAUGUAUUCUGAAAGUGCUCGUGGUCGUUCUUAUCUCUAGAUAAAUUAACGUUUUUUUUUCACGAAAUUCAACAAUGUAAUACACUGUGGUUUCAGAAAAGCUUUGUUACAUUGUGUUACAAGUGUAUACAAGUGUUAUGUUUUUGAAUGGGGAAUGUUUUUAAUCCUGUAGUUCUCUGGGGACAACGCAAUUUGUUGUUUUUACUUUGCCUUCUUGCAACAACGCAAAUAAUAGGACUUGAACAUUCAUUUUGCACGAAAUUAACGUGUUUUUUUUUAUUUACUGGCAUGAACGUUGAACCAGGGUUUUCAUUGCUGUACUGUUGGACACAAUUCUGCUCCCUCUGAUCAGCCUCUUCUUGUAAAACCAGAAAAAAGUAUGGGUCGACAGCGUCCUCUACUGGUUGAUCCGAAGAGUCUAAAAACUAGAUUCUUUGCGUCAGUUUCAAAUUUUAGUGAUGAGGAAAGCCUGAGGAGAUUAUAAUGAAUAGUCUCAUAAUAGCUUGUACAUGAUAUAAAGUUGUAAGCCAAAGUUAUUUGUAAUUUGAAAAAAUAGGGAAAAAAUGCAAUGUACUUCAGUAUUCAUGUAUACUCAUGUAUCUUGAAUUAAUUGUAUUCAGGUAUUCAUAAUUAUGGACGGACUAAAACGUUUUAAAACAAACUUGCAAAUUGCACCACUAAGUGACUCAAAAUGUUAUGAAUAUGCAAGGUAUGGCUGUCAUACAAAAAGAAAAGAGCACACCCAGCUCAUGUUUGUUAGGAGGUCCCCGGGGUUGAUCUGCAGAAAAGGAGGGGGGUGGUGACUUUGUGGCUCAUUUGAAUUAAGUCUGCUCAGCUACUCUCAGGUUCGCGUGGUGUGACACUGGAUAGGAGUGUGACGCAGCAUGGCAUCAAAGGUGGUUUAUUUUACCAUAAAUGGGAGGCCUGAACAGGCAGAAUUCACCAACAAUUCCCCAGCGCAGGAUGUGAAAGACCUCUUUCGUGCGGCUGCUGAGGCAGGGCCGUAUGACAUCCUGAAGAUGUACAACACUCAAGGCAGCCUGAUUAACAUCGCACCCGGCCUGCUGGCCAACGAUCCGCAGUCCUGCUAUAGGCUGGAGGUGGUGGCUGCAGAGUACAGCACUGAACUGCUAGGCACAGAACUCGCUGUUGCUCUGGGAUUCGAUCUGUCAUCUAUGGAGAAAAGGUUGCAGAACCUGGAGAAGAAGAUUCCAACAGAAGUAGGAGCUACCCCAGCUCUCAUCUCUGAGAUGAAGAACCAAGUGGAGUUCCUUCAGAAGAAGCUUGAGACGGUUGAACACCUGAGUUGGCUGGGUCUGUUUAAGGAAAUGCCUGAUGUGCCGCAAAAGCUGUCUCCAUUUUACCACAAGAGGACUUUAAGAAAGCCCCAAGGAGAAUGUGAACUUGUGCGUGAAAAGUUCCUGCAGAUGAAUUCUCUUGAGGUUUCUGAAGACGUGAGGGCAUACCUUAAAACUCCGACUUUUGAUAAUUGGCAGUGGGAGGAUGCUGAGAUCAUGGUGCUGCUGCAGGUAAUGUAUGUGGACCUUGACCUGGUCUCCACCUUCAGCAUCGAGCUAGAGGUGCUCCAAGGCUUCCUCUAUGAGGUGUACCGCCACUACAACAACAUCCCCUUCCACAACUUCAAACACUGUUUCUGCGUCACACAGAUGAUGUAUGGUCUGAUCUGUCUGACGGACCUGAAGAAUAAGAUUGAGAGCAUCGAUCUCCUGAUUAUGCUGACCUCAGCGGUGUGCCAUGACUUGGACCAUACCGGAUAUAACAACGCCUACCAGAUCAAUGCUCAAACAGAACUGGCCCUCAGAUAUAAUGACAUCGCUCCUCUGGAGAACCAUCACUGCGCUGUUGCAUUUGAAAUCCUGGUGAAGCCUGAAAACAAUAUCUUCAGAAACCUAACGACUGAGCAGUACAAAAGAGUCCGGGAGGGGAUGAUCAAGUGCAUUCUUGCGACAGAUAUGGCCAGACACAAUGACAUACUGAACCAAUUCAAAUCCGUCCAGUCUGACUUCGACUUCCAAAACAAAGAGCACAAGGACGUGCUUAUGAAGAUCCUGGUCAAAGUGAGCGAUAUCUCCAAUGAGGCUCGGCCCAUGGACGUGGCAGAACCAUGGCUGGACUGCCUGCUGCAGGAGUUCUUUAAUCAGAGUGACAUGGAGAAACUGAGGGGACUCCCGGUCACCCCGUUCAUGGAUCGAGACAAAGUCACCAAACCCUCCUCCCAGACCGGCUUCAUCCGCUUCGUCCUCUUCCCCCUCUACACCGAACUGGCCAACCUCUUCCCCUGUCUGGAGAAACACCUCAUUGACCCGGUGCGCAAAGCGCUAAACUACUACUCGGAGAUGGAGGUAGCCUCGGAGAAAGAGAGGACAAACUGCUCCGAAAAGACAGAGAUGUCUAGCGGUAACGACCCUGCAAAAGAGGCCGAUGAAGCACAGGAAAAAACAAGACCAGCCACUACUAACUGACCCCGAACAUGACCUUGAAGAAAUGUGUCAGACGACUAUGGAGUCACAUAUGCUGGGUCAACACUAGAUGGGGCCGAAAUGACUUCAAGAUGGCCUGUUAAUCAGGGCCCCUUAAGAGACCCCUUAAUGAGCUUGUGGUUAGUUAGUUAGUUAGUUAUUAAUA